AGUAGCCUGUCGAACCAAUUGCAGUUGAAAAUACAACUUGUCUAAAGGGCAACAAGUAUUAUCCGAAUUUUACCAAACUAGUCAGUCGUUCUCCCCCUAUAUAAAAUGCCUCACUUGUUCCUGUUCUCUGCAUCCAAAUAAGUUUGAUCCCACUUUGACUAUCCUUUUCAUUUUUGCUGGAUCACCACAAAAAUAUUACUAUAAGAAAACAGAAAAGAGAAAUGGUUUCUGUUCCUCUUACAUCAUCAGCCGCUUUCAGGUCUUUGUUCCUAGCGUUAUGUGCUGUCUGGUUGUUACCCGAUUUGGCACUUGCAAAGUAUGCAAGAAUUACCAGGCACUACAAGUUUAAUAUUAAGAUGCAAAAUGUGACAAGGUUGUGUCAAACAAAGAGCAUUGUGACAGUCAAUGGCCAGUUCCCAGGGCCUCGGAUAAUAGCAAGGGAAGGUGAUCGCCUUCUGAUCAAGGUUGUUAACCAUGUACAAUACAAUGUUACUCUGCACUGGCAUGGAAUCCGGCAGCUAAGGAGUGGAUGGGCUGAUGGACCUGCCUAUAUCACACAGUGCCCAAUUCAGACAGGGCAAUUAUAUGUAUAUAACUUCACCAUUACUGGCCAAAGAGGGACCUUAUUUUGGCAUGCUCACAUCUCUUGGCUAAGAGCUACUCUUUAUGGACCAAUUGUCAUCCUUCCCAAACGACAUGCCCCUUACCCAUUUCCCCAGCCCUUCAAAGAAGUUCCCAUCAUAUUUGGGGAGUGGUGGAAAGCUGACACAGAAACAAUUAUCAACCAGGCCCUGGCAACUGGAGGGGCACCAAAUAUCUCAGAUGCCUUCACCAUUAAUGGUCUCCCAGGGCCCUCUUACAACUGCUCAGAAAAAGAAACAUUCAAGCUUAAGGUGAAACCGGGUAAAACCUAUCUUCUCCGUUUGAUCAACGCUGCACUCAAUGAUGAGCUCUUUUUCAGAAUUGCAAACCACACCCUCACUGUUGUAGAAGCCGAUGCAGUCUAUGUCAAACCCUUCAAAACAGAUAUUGUACUUAUCACUCCCGGGCAGACCGCUAAUGUCCUUCUCAGGGCCCAAUCGAAGACCCCAAACGCGAAGUUUGCUAUGUCAGCCAGACCUUAUGCCACUGGACCUGCCUCUUUUGACAACACCACGACAAUAGGAAUUCUAGAAUAUAAGAAAUUUGCUUCUGCCUCAAACUCUAAUAACAAGAACCUGUCGCUUCUAAAAGCAAAACUUCCGCAGUUUAAUGACUCCACCUUUGCUAUGAAAUUCAGCAAGAAAAUCCGUAGCCUCGCCACUGCUAAAUUCCCUGCAAAAGUCCCCAAAAAAUUUGAUAGACGCUUCUUCUUCACAGUUGGGCUGGGGAUACUCCCGUGCUCGCAAAACCAAACAUGCCAAGGUCCCAAAAACACUAGGCCAGCAGCCGCAGUUAACAAUGUCUCAUUUGUGCAACCAAAUAUUGCUCUUCUCCAGGCUCACUUCUUUAACCAAUCAAAGGGAGUUUACACCACCAACUUCCCAACCAACCCACCAUUCAAGUUUAACUACACAGGCACACCACCCAAAAACAUCAUGUUGGACAGCGGCACCAAGGUGGUGGUGCUACCUUUUAACACUAGCGUCGAAUUGGUGAUGCAGGAUACUAGCAUCCUUGGUGCAGAAAGCCACCCUUUACAUCUUCAUGGGUUCAAUUUUUUUGUUCUGGGUCAAGGUAUUGGCAACUUUGACCCCAAAAAGGACCCUGCCAAAUUCAAUCUUGUUGACCCUGCGGAGAGGAACACAGUGGGUGUACCAUCUGGUGGGUGGGUCGCCAUUCGGUUCCUUGCAGACAACCCAGGCGUUUGGUUUAUGCACUGCCACCUGGAAGUACACACUAGCUGGGGCUUGAAGAUGGCAUGGGUAGUCAACAAUGGAAAAGGCCACAAACAGAAGCUACUACCUCCGCCUGCUGAUCUUCCUAAAUGCUGAUCGUUUCACUCUUUUCAAUUUGACGGUUUUCAUUCUAUUCAAUUUAUUUCCUAUUCUUAUAUGCCACAAGUAUGGCUGCUAGGCUCUCUUUGCUUAAGACUGUUUUUGGGUUUACGAUAACGUCAGUGUACCCAACACCAGAAAAAGAACUGGUGCGGCUUUUUCUAUAGGUUAUCAUGAUAUAUACUACUGUACGAAAUAUUGAUAUGUGGCAGAAUCUACAUAGAUCGAUUUUCUACAAAUCUUU